UGCGUUGUUGUUUAUAGUAUUUGGGGCGAUGACUUUUAUUUUACAAAAAAAAAAAAGAAAAGAAAAUGGCGCCCACAAAUAUUAGGAAAAAGAACCAUGUGGUAAAGGGGAAACCAAAAUCCGGCAGGGUUUGGAAAAGCGAAGGCAGGAAGAAAUCAACUAUUAUCAAUGUUAAAUCCUUACAUACAUCGUGGGAAAAGCGAAAAAAAGAAAGGGCCGAGAAGAUGUCCGUAAAGCAAUUUCAAAUGGAAAUUAAAAAGGCAGCCAGUGAAGAAAAGGAAAAAAGAAGAUUACGAGCAGAGGAAAACAAAAAAAGAAGAGAGGAGAACAUUAAAAACGCCGAAAUUGUCCAAAAGAUAACAAACUCGGCAAAAUUAAAAAGAAUGAAAAAGAAGCAACUUCGACAAAUUAAAAAACGUUAGUUGCUGGCUAACUUUUUAAUGAUAAUGGCUUUUCCUUUUUUGUGGCACAGUCUCUGAUACUCUAGUUCAAAACAUAACAUGCUAGCUAAUGAACUAGCUCGCUAAAUAUACAGCUAUAAUAUUAUACAUCAUGAAACCAGAGAGGAGGAGAUACAGUAUACUAGGUAUUUAAUCUAUGAAUACUAUAACGAAAAUGGUUUGGUGACAGCACGGUUGGACAAGAUUCGUAUAUUUAGCUCUGUACACUUUAUUUCAAGGGGUGAUUUUUAUAAAAAAAAAAUAGAAUUUUUGUAAUAAACAUUUUAUUUCUGCAAGAAAUUAUAAAA